AUGGUCCAAACUGGACAAGAUUUUGGAAUCAAAAUCUACACUGCAUCUCCCAAGAAUGACCCAAUGCCAUUCUCUUCUUCUUCGAAUAUUCCUCAAGCCCCUAAAGAACCAGGUUCCAAAAGGCGAGCGGUGGCCAAGGGAGUUCAGAAAACCUUUUCUAAAACUUCAAUGCUUGUAAACUUUCUCCCUACAGGAACCCUUUUAACCUUUGAAAUGAUGCUUCCUACUGUAAUCAAGAAUGGAGAGUGUACUACUCAUGUUUCUAUUCUGAUGCUUCUUGUCCUUCUUGGCCUCUGCACUGUCUCUUGCUUUUUCUUUCAUUUCACAGACAGUUUCAAAGGCUCUGAUGGGAAAGUUUACUAUGGCUUUGUUACUCCUAAAGGGUUGGCUGUUUUCAAGCCUGGUCUUGCCGUGGAAGUGCCUAAAGAUGAGAAGUACAAAGUUGGAUUCACUGAUUUCGUUCAUGCCAUCAUGUCCGUCAUGGUCUUUGUGGCGAUUGCCUUCUCCGAUCAUAGGGUCACCGAUUGUCUGUUUCCUGGGCAUGUUAAGGAGAUGGAUCAAGUGAUGGAGAGUUUUCCUCUUAUGGUUGGCAUCGUUUGCAGUGGCCUGUUUCUGCUUUUCCCUAAUACACGAUAUGGGGUCGGUUGCAUGGCUACUUGAUUAUAUGUUGCUUCUGUUAUCAGUUUAGAGUUUGUUCAUAUAUUUUCAGUUUCUGUGUAUC